GAGAGACAUGAAAAGGUAAAGCUGCAGGUGCUCUUAUUUACAGAACAGUACAGAAGCCGAUGAGAUCUGAGGAAGAAACACACCUUCCACACUCUGUAGCUUCAAAAGAAGUGAAAGGAAGUCGGAUCCGGUUUCUACAAGCCCUUUUCCAGUAACUUUAAUGAAAAUCUUUUCAUUUUAAAGGUGUUGUGGAGCUACUUACUUUCAUUCAUAGUUUUCCUGUUUUCCUCUGAGGUAAAACAGAUUUAUGUGUGAAAGGACAACCUGCACUUGUCAGAGUGGAGCCAUCUGCCGUUUCUUGUUUACAUCAGCUCCAUGAAACCAGCCUCCAAGCCUCUGCGUUUUCUUCUAUGUGCUGAUACCAGUAUGACUUUUCUGUAAUUAAUUCUUUCCUGACAUUGCAGGAUCACAGGAUAAUUCAGCCUCCCCUUGAGUGUAUUUGACAUCUUGCUGUCCCUGUCAGCGCAAGAUCCCAGUGGAAACAGCAGCUGGGAGGGCUCUUCCUGCCUAGGGGAGGCUCCUCAGGAGUUUGUGGGAUUUACCAAUCUCUCCCUGUCCCUUACCGAGGGCCAUGUGCAGUGGCAAGCUGCAGACAGGUUUGCUGGUGGGCAGCUACUUCGUCUACUUGCUGGUGGGUGCAGCUGUGUUCCAGGCACUGGAGAGGACUGCCGAAAAGCAGCAGAAAAUGGCAGCUGCUCAGAUGAAGGAGGCUUUUCUGCAGAAUUUCACUCACCUCACAGUGGCAGAGAUGGAGCAGUUUAUGAAGAACCUGACUGAAGCAAUUCAGAACGGAGUUUACCCUAUUGGAAAUGAAUCACAGACUGAAAACAGCAACUGGGAUUUCAGUAACUCCUUCUUCUUUGCAGGCACAGUGGUCUCCACAAUAGGUUAUGGCACGCUACGUCCUAAAACUGUUGGGGGCCAGAUCUUCUGUGUCUUUUUUGCUCUCUUUGGAAUCCCUCUGAAUAUUGUUUUUCUGCACCGUGUUGGUAAGAUCCUCUCACUGCUGUGUAAAAAGCUGGGGAUAUUCCUGUACGGAAAAGGAAUGAGAAAGAAGAAGAUCAAAUUUCUGACCCUUCUGUUCUUCCUUGUGACUGGGAUCCUAGUGUUCCUGUGUUUGCCAUCACUGUUCUUCCAGAUCACAGAGGGUUGGUCCUACAGUGAAGGAAUCUACUUUGCAUUUAUCACCCUCAGCACCAUUGGCUUUGGAGAUUACGUAGUAGGUAAACAACCUGGCAGGAUUUAUUUUUCCUACUACCGAACAAUUGUGGCCAUCUGGAUUCUUUUUGGACUUGCCUGGAUUGCUCUCCUAUUUAAUUUAUUGACAACGGUUCUAGAAGAUACUGAGAAAAUAAUUGUCAAGGAUCUUCAUCAAAUUGGAAAGGUGGGUGAGGAUAAUGCAGCAAGCCAACCAAGAAGGUGCUGGCCUGUUCAGUUUGUUCCAGAAGAAGAACUGAUAGCACCUUGUGCUGAAGGGGAUACCCAGAAAAUGGAGUCAUUAGCAGCAGAGGGUGCACAGGAAAAUGGAGUUAGUAGCAGCAGGUUCUGAACAAACAAAAAAUGAAAAAACAAAGUGUUUUCUGAUAGCCAAAAAUACUGGCCAUAUGCUUUAGCACGGACAUUUAAUUCUUCAUUGGAAAUUUGCUAGUGCAUUAUUCUAAAGAAAUUCCCAUGGAAAUUAAAUUUAUCCCACCUUUUGCUGAAGUGUGGCCAUUUAGAGCUCAAGACUUUCAGUUAUACAGAAACACAAUAUUAAUGAUACAAAGUUUGCUCUACAGUUUGCAGCCAUCUUGUGCUAAAACAUUACAAGUGCACCCAUUUUGUGAGGCUUUUUUAAGAUGCUUCCAUGAAAACGCAAAGGAGGGGUGUGGUAGAGCUUGCUUACUGUAUUUGGAUUUUGCUGCUUGUAAAAAAAAAAUCACAUCUCUUCUUGGAGCUGACAUGUACAAGCUUUUCUGAGUUUCUGAGUAAUACCAGCACCUUUGGAAGAAGAAGAAAUAAGGGCAUAUAACAUGCCUUGAUUUGAGACAUCACAUAGGAUGAACUGGCAUGAUCUGAAAGCCGUGUUUGAAGGACAAGACCUGGGCUCAGUGCAGAGAUGGAUGAGCAAGGUUAGAAAAAGGAUACCUGUAUUAGAAAUGAUUAAUUCUACAUAUUCCUGAUUUACGCUAAGACGAAUAAAAGCAACUUCAUUUCUUAUCCCUGCAGCUUUGAAAAACCUUUCUGAUGAACAUACAAGUUCAGAUUUUAUAAUGAUUAUAUUUCAUAAGGAUUUUACAAGAUCAGAAACAUGUUUGAAUGGAGGAGUCUUCACUGCAUCAAAGCCUUGCUUCUGUUUGUGCUCCACAGGUGCUAAGAUGUCAUUUAAAAGCAAUCCUACUGUGCUGUGCUAAAGUACCUUUCCAAGUGCUAGUGCUGUCUAAACACUGCCAUCUUGCCUUCAACCAGGGAGAGAAGAAUGACAAACUUGUGAAUGGUGUUUUAGAUGUACUGCCAUUCAGGCUAUCCCUAGGUGAAGAUCCUGGCAUUCAAAUGGGUUGAUCGCUCCAUCAGGUGCCUUGUGUGUGUCAAGAGUACAGGAAAACUCUACCAUGAAUUUCUUGCAGUAUCUCUUCCAGAAGCUGGUGGCUCCCCUGCUGUCCGAGCAAGAGGUGGAGUAAUGUGUACUUCAAAGUCUGCAAACCUGUCCACCUCACAUCAGCACCCACAAGACUCUCUCAAGGCAGUCCAUACACUCAGCACAUGGAGUGCUUCCCUUUGCUUGGUGCUGAACCUGUUGCUUCACAGGUUUUCACGAUCCUGAGUUUCUGUUUUGUCAGGCAGUGAAUAAUUGUACUUGGCUAACCCUCCGGGUGUUAGUUUUAGCAAAACCAACUCUUGCCAGAGCUAUUCCUGUACAAAAGGGAGAAUAAAUUACAGCUGUAAAGCAAUUCUAGGCCGUAAAGAUGCAAUCAGCCUUGAACUCAUAUCUUUUUCAGUCAAACAAACCCACAGUUCUUGCCAAAACAGCCCUGCUGGUUCAAGAUCUGGCAUGUAGACCCGACCAAAUAUGUACUUUCUUUCCCUCCACAAAUUAUUUCCCAGUGUUAGCCUCAAGGCUAACUUCUAAUCUAACAUCUCUCCUUCUCAGGAAGCCUUUCUGAGGCAGCAGGAACAAGAACUGCCCAAAGUCAGGGCAGGGUGUCACAGCACGCAGCAGUCCCCAUGUGUGUCCCUUGCAAUCCCUAUGUAAGCUGUUGCUGUCACAGCACAACAUCCUGGCCAGGCAGAAGAAACAGACAGUUGCUCCCAGACAGGGAUCUUGUCACCAACUUAUGUUCUCUCAACAAGCCUUGGCUCAUGUUAUUAUUUUCAAAGUGUGUUUUCUUCUCUACUGCCUUUGCCCAGUCCUUCCCAUGGGGACCAUUAACCCCAUCCUCAAUCUAACAGAGAUGCCAUGAGGGCUGGUUUAGAGAGGUGUGAUCUGCCUUGAGCUGUGAUGGCCACAUUGCAUGGCCUCGUUGUCCCUUCCAGGAUGGUUCCUGAU